AUGGGCAUUGUCCACCGUGACAUCAAAGCCGGCAACAUCCUGAUCACCGCUCGUGGUGGAGUCAAGCUGGCGGAUUUCGGUGUGUCUGGCGUCGGCCGGUCUCUGCAGUUGGAGUCGCUUCCAGUGUCACGGGCCGUGCGUGAUCUUCGCCGCAGGACUUUCACUGGCUCCCCAUACUGGAUGGCCCCUGAGGUGAUCGUCUGUGACCACGACCACACUGCCUGGUAUGACGAGCGUUGUGACACUUGGGGCCUUGCUAUCACGGCAAUUGAAAUGGCCGAGAUGAGCCCCCCCUUGGCGGACAUUCACCCCAUGCAGGCCCUCAACAUGAUCCCGUCGCGUGUGUCGCCCACCCUGACCCAUCCCCGGCGGUGGUCAAAGAACUUCCGCGACUUCCUGCGCUUCGCCCUGAUCAAGGACUUCUCCCACCGGCCAACGGCCGAGCAACUCUCCGCCCAUGUCUUCCUGACCACUGCGCACCGGUCAUACACGCUGCCCGGAGGGCAUUUCGGCGCCCCGAAGGUCCAGCAGCAUGUGCUCGCCGAGUAUUUGGAGCGCUUCUUCGAGGAGAUCACCGAGGAGCAGCAGUUCCAGAGUGCCAUGCAUGCGCAGCAACGCGACGCCGCACUUUGUCGCGAGGCCCGCCUGACCAAUGGUGAUGGUGUCACGUCACCGGAUGUGACACUCAUCAGCGAUCCAGCCAACCACAAGCACCAGUACCAGCAGCAGCAGCAGCAGCAGCAGCAGCAGCAGCAGCUGGGUGACCAACUCGCGCGCAAGGUUUCCGUUUCGCGCCGGUCGCGGGUCACCGGUGUCAGCGAGCAGGUAUCCGGCGGGGACUUUGCCUCGGAUCCCCUCUUCCGACCGGUUCUCUCGCCCACCGAGCCGUACUAUGUUGAGGGCGACCAUGCCGGGCCCGGUUCCCAUGCGGCCGGGGGAGCCCUUCAUCAGCACUUGCCCCCGAAGCCCGGCUCCUCGUCGCAUCAGGCUCCCCUCCGGCCACACACCAUCAUCUCCUACAGCAGCCCGCACUUUGACGCGGGCCUGCGCCCGACCGGCGCCGACCAACUUCCCCCCAAGCAGAGCCCCUCGCGUCCCGUGUCCAUGGUCUCCCCUGCCGGUGUAGGGGGCAGCAGCCCCGGCACCGCGGCCCAGAUGGACUUCGCCCUGCCAGACAAGCCGCAGCCCCGCGGUGAUGGCCCAGCCCGCAACAUGGUUUCCGCCCUGGAGGCGGCCGUGUCCGAUGUCGAAGCCAUCAGCCGCAUUAUGACCGAGGUGUCGGUUUCCUCGGCCGCGAGUGGCUCUGGAGCGGCCGACCCCACCGGUGCUUCGGCGGAUUCCAGCGUGCCAGCCAUCGACGAGGAUGACGAGGCCCUGUACGAUGCGGUCGUCCGUCGCCGGCCCUCCUUGUCUGGGUCCGCGCGCUCGGGAGUUGGUGGGAGCGCCUUCUCGCGCGGCACGACUCGCCUUAACCCGCGCGCUACGCCGGAUGCGCAUCGCUGGGGCACCUCAUCCAGCUGUCCGGACACCCUUCGCGAGCUGGAGUCGAUGGUCCUUGGCCCGACGGAUCUGUCGCACUAUUUGUCCGUCCGCCUGUUGAUCCUGGCGCGGAACUUCGAGUUCGAGAUCCUGUGUUGCUCGCGCUGGGAAAACUCCUACCUCAUUGGCACACCGAAGGGCCUGUUCCAGCUCACCGAGGGCGGCGGAGUCAUCACCCUGGUGGCCGACAAGCGCUUCGACAAGUUGAUCGUCCUCGAAGCAUAUGGCGUGCUGAUGGUCAUCAGCGGCCGGGAGCGGCAGAUUCGCAUGUACCGCCUGGACGUGCUGGCUGCCCUGGCUGCCGGAGAGGAAUUGCCCGUGAACGACAUUGCCCCGGCCUCUGAGCAGCGUGGGGGCAGUCGUACCGAGCGCCUGACUUCCGGACUAUCAUCGCUGCGCUUCAAUCUCCGACGCGCGGAUCCGGUCUACGUGACCUUGGCCAACACCAAGGACACAUACCACAUUUCCGUCGUCCGCGCGCGCAACACGGCCUUCCUUGUGGCCGGUGUCAAGCACUCGAUCUUUCUCUUCAUGUGGGCCGAGUAUCCUUUCAAUAAGUUCAUGAAGAUCAAGGAAUUCUACUCGCCGGAGAAGGUCCGGUAUGUGGAGCCGAUUGUCAGCCGACCGGUCCCCGGGACCGAUGCCCACAGCAGUGGCUCCCGGACCAAAGCCAGUCGCGAGGUCCUUCCCUCGGUCCUUGUGGCCCCCUCUUCGCCGAGCCCGAACCCGGCGGCGCGCAUCGUCGCCCUGGCGGUUAUGUGCGUCAGCCGAUCGGUCUUCAUCAACAUCGACACGGCCGAGGUGGUGCCCUUCGCCAUCACCGACAAGACUGGACCACCCAUUUCGAUUGGCCCAAUCAACACCGAUGGGGCUCUGUUUGCUGCCUUCCAGCGCGGCUGCCUCUAUAUUGAUCCCCUCACCUUUGCCCCGAUCAGUCCAUUCGUCCAGUGGAAGACCUCCCCCACCUUCGCCCUGCCAUUGGGGCAACUGGUUGUCUGCUUCCUGGCCGGAUCGAUGGAAGUGUAUGACUUCCGCUCGGGCGAUCUGCUGCAGACCAUCCGUCGGUCAGUGCCGCAGUACCAGCCCACAUCCAUUCUCAGCCGCGUGGGUGGCAUGGUCAGCGGGUCUGGGUCCUCGUCGGCCGGCGGGUCCGGCCAGGGGACCGUCAACUCCUGGCGCCGGGUGCAAUUCCUCAUGCUUCAGGGCCAGACCGAUCUCAUCAUCUCCACCUUCAGCUCGGUGCCAUCCUCCUCUGGGACAGUGGCUGGCUCUGGGCCACCCUCGGCCACGGAUCUGCCCGAAGCGAAUGGUGCUCUGUCUGCCGAGCCCACAGCACCCUCCUCGCCGGCACCCUCGAGUGUGUCCUCACGUGUGUCGGCUCUGCGGUCUGGCUUGGCUGGAGCCUUUGGCGGGAGCAGGUCCUCCAAACCAUCCAGCCCGGUGACGCCUGUCGCGUCAGAUACCCCCCCGGAGCUGAACAGCAGCACGGGCUCCAUUUCUUUGGCCGUGGCCGACGAGGAGUCCGCCAUGUCGGCCGGAGGUGGGAAUGGCGCAUCGUCAGUUUCCUCGGCCUCGGCUUCACCAUCCUCCUCCUCCUCCUCAUUGGCUUCUACCUCCUCCUCCUCCUCCUCUUCCUCCUCCUCCUCCUCGGCUGCCGGCCGCUUCUCAGACAUUUGCGUUCUUCGCCUGUCGGAAGACAAGCCCAUCUCCUUCUACUACCAGGAGCUUUAGACACUGGGGGACUCCCUACCUGGCCGGAUGGCGGUGAUCAGUCGCGCCCCUCCACGACUAUGUGUGGGUGAGCGCCGGUGUGGAGAUGUGUGCCUGUACCUGGGCGCUGGCAGGGCUCUGACCAAGGAAGGGGCUAACCCCCCCCCCCCCCCCCCCCC